CAGGACGUUGCCGAGUGCUGGACACGAGUGCUGCGGCUGCUGCGGGAGACGCUGCAGGUCGAAGAUCCGGCCUGGGCGGACCCGGAAGUGUGGGUGGACGGAGAUGGAAAGUUGAACUUCGUCGAACAGUUCUUCGGGGUGAAGGUGGACAAGAAGAAAUAUCCUUUCGUCACCCGCAUCGCGAUCACCACCAUUUGCCGUGGGCGGUAGUCGUGUGGCAUCCCACUCACUGAUGGGACAGUCGGUGCCGUUCACAACCCUUGACCGUGACGUCGGUAGGACGCAGCAUUCGCUGGAGAAUGGAAAGAGCAGAGAGAGUGGAGAGACCCGGUACAAUGGAAGUACCCAGAACAAUGGAGAGACCCGGGACAAUGGAGAGACCCGGAAAAAUGGAGAAACCCAGAACAAUGGAGAGACCCAGAACAAUGGAGAGACCCAAAACAAUGGAGAGACCCGGGACAAUGGAGUGACCCAGAACAACGGAGAUACCGCGGAGAGAGGGGAGACCCAGAGAAAGAGAGAAACUCAGGGAAAUAAUGAAGUCCCAGAGAAUGGAAAGACACAAGAAGUCAAAGGGACCGAGAGAAACGGAGAGAGCCGGCACAAUGGAGAGACCCAGGAGACGGGGGAGACCCGGGUGUCUCUCAUCGAGCUCCGCCGUGCGACAAGCGACUCGGGCUCCGCGCUGGGCUUCUCGGCUUGCUUGGCACUGGUGGGUGAGCGGCAGGGUUGCCACCUGGCGGGUGAGCGGCAGGGUUGCCACCUGGUAGGUGAGCGGCAUGGUUGCCACCUGGUGGGUGAGCGGCAGGGUUGCCACCUGGUAGGUGAGCGGCAGGGUUACCACCUGGUGGGUGAGCGGCAGGGUUACCACCUAGUGGGUGAGCGGCAGGGUUGCCACCUGGUGGGUGAGCGGCAGGGUUACCACCUGGUAGGUGAGCGGCAGGGUUACCACCUGGUGGGUGAGCGGCAGGGUUGUCACCUGGUGGGUGAGCGGCAGGGUUGUCACCUGUCCUGGUUUCCCAGGGAUCGAUCCUCUUGUUGUGGCAGGAAGCCGUCCUGGCACGUCUAUAAAAGUCUUCCCUCAACACUGAAGGUCCUGGUUUUGUCAGCCGUGUAAUAAUUGUUUAAUCUCUCACUCGAUAUUUUCCAAAACACUGCCAUGCCGGCUUGGAGUAGGGAUUGUCAGCGUAAGGCACUACCACUAGAAAGUAAGCCUAUGCAUAAUAAUCCUAUAUCAUCGUACGCCAUAUUCUGCCGCGAUAUCCCUAAAAUGUAUAGUUUAUUGAUAUCAGAGAAAUACAUUGCAUGUUUUAGUUAUAUAAAUGUAGGAGCCCUCUAUUAAAAGCUUGACAUUUUGGUACCACCACCCCCUUGGGAGGUUUCUAGAUCCACCUCCGUCUGACCACCGUGCCCUCUGACCCACAGGCCGGGGUGGUCCGCCUCCCCGCGUACUUGGGCGUCCACGUGUCUCGCUCCCCUGGCGACGACGCUCACCUCCAGGUGUGUCCCAGACAUCUUUGGCCGUGCCGGCCCCGCCCUGGGAUGUGCAGCAAGUGUUAAGAGUUUUCUUGUUGCUCUGUCCACCCCACCCCUAACGUUAUGAUCCCGACCGUGCUCUCGGUGUCUCGCCGUCGCCACGUAGAAUCCGUUCGGGUCCAGCUGAGGUUUCGCAGUCUGGGGCGGGGGCGAGGGGGGGAUGAUCGCAAAUUCAUGCCAUCUCAAAUUUAGUGAUUUAGCGGUGUCGUUUUUCGAAAUUGGCAGUGGUUGGACCGUGACUCCGGCACACGAUGACCGGGUCAAUUCGACUGACGUCACGGGAUCUUUAAUGUCGUCUGUGAAGCGGACGAUGAGCAGUAGGGGUUGUUUUUGUUGUUGUUUAUAAUCAACCAGGGCGGCCUGCCAGAAUGGAAGCGUGAACCUCUGCGAGGGUGGUCCAACAUCGCCGCCCUGAAAUAAUUUGCUUGUCUCGACCUCCCGGGGUGCGGGUUGCGGGGGGUUUCUGUUUUUCAGGAGGCGGCCUUCCCACUGAGGGUGGACGCGCUGCAGCUGUGCAGCCCGGCGUUACGCGAGCGGCUGAAGCCCGGCAGGAGGCGCCUCCAGGAGAUGGAACGCAGACGCCGCAAGCACGGCGAGCAGGACAGAUCCUGGGGCAGCACGGCCUCGAAUGACGACGAUGAUGAGGGUCACGAUGGAUCCGAGUGCUCCUUUGAUGACGACGUGGGCUCCAACAACAGCGGCUACUACGACCUCCGCGCGGUCGUAUCGUGGACGAGGCCCCGUUGGGAGGAGGAUGGGGAUGGCCAUUAUGUGUCCUGGCUGCACUGGGAUGCAGGCCACUGGUGGAAAUGCGACGACGAGAUUGUGACGAGGGUGACCUCCGAAGAGGUCCUGUCGCUGCGCGCCGGGCGAGGAGGAGGUAGUGGCGGUGCGGCGUGCUUGCUGCUGUACGGCCCGCCAGGGUCCGCCUCGCCGGGGUCCGCCUCGCCGGGGUCCGCCUCGCCGGGGUCCGCCUCGCCGGGGUCCGCCUCGCCGGGGUCCGCCUCGCCGGGGUCCGCCUCGCCGGGGUCCGCCUCGCCGGGGUCCGCCUCGCCGGGGUCCGCCUCGCCGGGGUCCGCCUCGCCGGGGUCCGCCUCGCCGGGGUCCGCCUCGCCGGGGUCCGCCUCGCCGGGGUCCGCCUCGCCGGGGUCCGCCUCGCCGGGGUCCGCCUCGCCGGGGUCCGCCUCGCCGGGGUCCGCCUCGCCGGGGUCCGCCUCGCCGGGGUCCGCCUCGCCGGGGUCCGCCUCGCCGGGGUCCGCCUCGCCGGGGUCCGCCUCGCCGGGGUCCGCCUCGCCGGGGUCCGCCUCGCCGGGGUCCGCCUCGCCGGGGUCCGCCUCGCCGGGGUCCGCCUCGCCGGGGUCCGCCUCGCCGGGGUCCGCCUCGCCGGGGUCCGCCUCGCCGGGGUCCGCCUCGCCGGGGUCCGCCUCGCCGGGGUCCGCCUCGCCGGAGUCCGCCUCGCCGGGGUCCGCCUCGUGGCUCACGUAG